GGAAGUCCGGGGAGACGCGCAGCCGGCUCCGCGGCGGAGGCGCCAUGGCCGCGGGAGGCCCGGGCGCGGAGUUUGCGUCUCGGGGUCUGUCGGGUUCGGCNNNNCCCCUGGCCGCCCUGAACGUGCGCGUGCGCCGCCGCCUGGCGCUGCACCUGAACCCGCGCACGGCCGUGGCCGCCGACUGGACGGUGCUGGCCGAGGAGAUGGGCUUCGAGUACCUGGAGAUCCGGCAGCUGGAGGCCCGGCCUGACCCCACUGCCGCGCUGCUGGACGCCUGGCAGGCCCGGCCGGGAGCCUCGGUGGGCCGCCUGCUGUGGCUGCUGGAGCAGCUGGGCCGUAAGGACGUCCUGCAGGAGCUGCGCGCGGACAUUGAGGAGAACUGCCAGAAGUACAUUCGGAAGCAGCAGGAGCUGGAGGCUGAGAAACCCUUGCAGGUGGCCCGAGUGGACAGCAGCGUCCCCAGGACCGAGGAGCUGACCGGCAUCACCACACUGGAUGACCCGCUGGGACAAGCACCGGAGCUCUUCGAUGCCUUCAUCUGCUACUGCCCCAGCGACCUGCAGUUUGUGCAGGAGAUGAUCCGGCAGCUGGAGCAGACGGAGCACCGGCUGAAGCUGUGCGUGUCCGACCGCGAUGUCCUCCCUGGCACCUGUGUCUGGUCCAUUGCCAGCGAGCUCAUCGAGAAGAGAUGCCGCCGGAUGGUGGUGGUGGUCUCUGAUGAUUACCUGCAGAGCAAGGAGUGUGACUUCCAGACCAAAUUUGCGCUCAGCCUCUCUCCAGGUGCCCAUCAGAAGCGCCUGAUUCCCAUCCGGUACAAGGCCAUGAAGAAGGAAUUUCCCAGCAUCCUCCGGUUCAUCACAGUCUGUGACUACACCAACCCCUGCACCAAGUCCUGGUUCUGGACCCGCCUGGCCAAGGCCUUGUCCUUGCCUUGAUGCACAGCUCUGGACCACAGUGGGUGGGGGACAUUGGAUGUGCUCACCCCCCCCUUCCUCCCUCCUCCUUGGGGUGGGGGUAGGAGUGGAAACCUGCACCUCUCUUAUUUCUGGACAGCCCUCCUCAGAUGACCGCCCGGGCCGCCUCCCAGCACCUGGGGAGCAGGGAGCGAAAAAUCAGACCAGAGCUCGGUGCAGAUCACAGCAGGAGAUGUCCCAGGGCAUCCCGGCUGUCCCAGAGAGAUCGUUUACGGGGGUCAGGGGGUAGAGGGGGGACCUAGGUCCCCUUUCUCCUACUCAGAGUGGACUCAGGGAGUAUUCCCUCCCUGAACCUCCACACCCCUUGACCAAUGGAUGGAUGUGGGCAGUAGGGGCAGGCGUUUGCCUCCACUGUCUAGUGGCUGGUGGGUUGGGCAGGGGUCCGGGUCCCUGGUGGGGCCAUCUGUCCCAGUGACCACGGGCAGGGAAGCUGUUUCCCUGUACCACCUAGAAGUAAUCUCUGACAGCUUCCUCUGCCCCUCCCUCCUUCCUCACUUCCUUAUCCCUUCUCUUCCUCUUUCUU